AUGAGCCCCCCUUCUCCCAAGAAGAAGAAUGGCGGCAACCCUUCUGCUCCCAGACAAAUCCGCUUUGUCGCAACCGACGGGCAGCCGCAAACCAAGCGCCGCCGCGUUAAUGCCGCAUUCGAUGUUCCGGUGAACAACCAGCAUGUCUGCCUCGGAUACACCGAAUCGACCGCGCACCUGCGAACGCAGUCCGACUCCGCAUCUCGAGCGCCGCCGCGCCUUUCGGCUCCGAACGAAUUGACAAGCCAGCAUGCUUCCCGGGCAAUUGAAAGCAGCUCCCCCGAACCAGUGCCCACAACGAUACCCAGGGGCCCCACAGAUAACUCAACCAAGACCAAACCGCCCGGAUCAAUGUAUAUCUCUGCUUUUGGGGAUACGCCUUCACUCGCGAACAAGGAAUUGGAUACACAAGCUAUUGGGGACAGUCCAGCGAGUGGUCGUACUUCUGUGAGCUCAGGGAGUCGCACGCAUGUCCCGUAUUUUCGAUACUUCGGCCCUACCGCGAUUGUGCCGGGGUUUAAACAAAUGGUUGUGCAGGUUCGAGGUUCUCGCAAGAGUAACCCGUCUACGUCCUCAGACUCUCCCUCUCCUCUUCGGAGCCCUAAACCGUCCAAUAUUCCCACAAGACCUCUGGCCAAUACCGCAGAUAAUCGGGACAGUCGUGAUGCGAAUAUCCCAUUUUAUGACCGAGAUGAUACACUUCCAGUUUCGAAUCUUGUAUCCCAUUUGUGCGAGCUCUUCUUUGCCCAUUUGGGCUGCAGCUUUCCUUUCCUACAAAGAGAAAGAUUUCUCCCGGACCUGAAAGAGAAAAAGGUCGACACCAUGUUGGUAGAUGCAGUGUGCUCCUUGGCUGCGAGAUUCUCAAUACAUCCGUCACUUGGUCCUCCACAGGCUCCUCCUAUUGAUCGCUCGCAGCCGCCACUCGACGACAAAAAAUGGGAUCGUGGUCUGCCCUUUGGUCAUCGUGCGAUGAGCGCUCUCGUCGAUUCACUGCCAUGUCCAACUCUCUCUGCCGUACAAGCCUGCUUAUUACUCGCCUAUGAACAAUUUGGAUCAAAUCAUGACAGUGGACUCUGGAUGUACCUUGGAAUAUCCAUUCGGAUGGCACAAGAUCUUGGACUGCAGAAGUUCCAAGGUCUCAGAUAUAAUUAUGGCAAGAGUGGCGUCACACCGAGUGAAGUGAUGACAGGUCACGCUGGGAAACUAAGAGAGGAACAGUACGAUGAUCUUGAUGUGCACCUGACACCCAAGAUUACCGCACAGCCUUUAGUUGAGGAACGUGCACGGGAGCGCGAACGGGUAGACUCAUUCUGGAGCAUCUUUUUCCUAGACAGAGUCAUCUCUUCGGGGACUGGGAGGCCAGUGACACUACGCGACGAGGAUAUUGAGCUCUGCUUCCCUCUUCAGUCUGAAUCCCAGCUACCAAAUGGGUGGCCCGCGCCUUUCCCACCGCUUAUUCGGAUCAUUCAUCUGUACGGCCGGGUGACCGACCUUAUUAAUGGCAUUCAGGAUGUCAAGCUCGUCACACCGGAUACGUUGAAGAUGUUAGCUGGGAUGGAAAGCGAUCUGACUGGCAUCUAUCAACGCUUGUCCCCAAGACUUCAUUUCAACGCAGCCAAUUUUCAAGCCUAUGUCAAAGCUAAGGAAGGAACAAACUUCAUUCUUCUCCAUUUUUGGUUCCAUACUCUGAUCGUUCUCCUUCACCAACCGACGUUGUUGAACUCAUUUGGUGGAUCAAUCCAACAUCUUUACCCGAAUAGUCGUGAGCUGUCGAUGUCAUCUGCCAAAACAAUUGCCGAUAUUUUAUCCUUCUCGGAGCUUGUUGAUGGGAAAAGCUUCAUUGGCAAUCCUUUCACGAGUCAGCCGAUGUACAUUGCGGCGUGCGCGUUCCUCAUGGAAAGUGCUUACUAUGCGUCUCCAUCCUCGGAAGCUAGAUCAAACCAACCUCAGCCAUUGUUGGCGAAUCAAUCUAGUGGGUUUGUGAUGCCCACGAUGGAGUCUUCGCAUGGGACAGAACGGAAGUCUACGGCGAGACAUAUCCUGCUUGCUUCUGCCGCGAAAGAGAAUUACCAGCGGUGUUAUAAGGCUUUGAAAGCACUCAAUACGUAUUGGGAAGGCACUGGAUAUAUUUUGACGGUGUUGGAUCAGAAGGCCAAGGGAAUUGUCGAUCCCCUCCUUUACGCCGUGGAGGACAUAGAAUUUACGGAAGGUAUCGCCCCAGGGCAACACCUUGGAACAGGAGCUUGGCGUUCAGGGAAAACACCGGCGGACUCUGGCUUUGAUCCAGAAAGAGCAGCCGGGGUCGCGGAUAUCCCAUCGGAAGGGAAAUGGUCACCGCACAUUGAUCCAAGUCAAGGUUUGUUGGAUCCGCUGAUACCCAUGAUUAACAUGCCACUAACAGCCUCUGUCUCGACAGCUAUCGGAUGGUCACUUACAGGAGCAACAAAUUCUUCCCAGCCGAACUUGAGUCUACUCUAUCAGAUGUCGACCACUGAGGCGGAGUCUCCGCCCAGUAGACCAACAUACUCGUCGCAGUACAGCCACAGCUACCCAGUCCUACCAGCAAAUGUCGGUGAAGGGCCAAGCUCUUCAUAUUCACAAUCUAUCGCACCAGCCAGGGCUCACGAAGAAAUGACACCCUCCCUCACGACAGAAAAUGCUAAAUACCCCAAUGUUCAAUCCAGAACAAUUAGCACCGACCCCUCUUAUUACAUGGAGAUGAAUCCAACGUAUCCUGAGUCAAACACGCGGACAAUACACCCCGUACAGACAACACAAUCUACUUUUCCUGGGAUGCUAUCCUCCGGGCUACCAAAUUCACAUAUGGAUACUCAGUCCUCCGCCUAUAAUUACUCGAUACCUCCAGCGACAGCCGAGCAGCAAUCCAGAAACCAAAUGGGGUCUCGCGACCCAGGUGCCGAUCUCCAACCGACCAUGGAUGAUGCCAACGGGAUGAUGAUCGGGAGUCACGAGGUGGAUAUGAACUCCAUCCACCAUCAAGACUCUUUCCCGUUUGUUAACGGCGAGAUCAUUCCGUGGCUGGAAUACCUGCCCCAAGAUGUCCUGAGUUUCUUCGGCGACCAUCAAAAUUAUCCGCUCAUGAGCCCUGAUGAUGUGUCACAGCCUCCGUAA